AGGGCACAGUAGUGUGCCCGGUGGCUGCUUGUUCUUCCGAAUGGGACGCGUGCGGGCCUGCCGCCUGCUCGCCCGUAGACGUAGCCCUGCUCCAUCAUUCCCCAAUGGUCCCUUUGUUUAUCAUGCACUCGAGGGCCACAAGGGAUCCAGCCAUCUCCCCGUCCAGGGAAUCCGCACGGACUAUGUGCAGAGCUGUGGUCAUCAAGGUACCGGUACCGGGGGACGCCGCUGCAUGAUGUGUCCUGCCGACUGCCGAGUGCUCACGCCUCACGCCAUAUAUCGCAGUGGCACAGAAGAUCAACAUUCCUUUCUCGCCCAUCCAUCCAGCAGCGUGACGUGAAAAGCGUCGUCCUAGGUAGAUAGCCACACCAUUCCAUUGCCCCGGCCCCCGGGCACUCCUCUCCUUCCAUACUAUACUCUCGCGCGGCGAGCUCCUCGAGCUCGCUCCCCGUUCCAAGCUAGCUAGAAAAUGGCCGCGGCGGAAGCAGCCUCCUCCGCGCCGGCGCCCGAGCAUCUCCUGGAGGUGGAGGACGACGAGGUGAUGAUCGACUUCAAGCCCAACGCCAAGUGCCGCGCCGACCUCCGCCUCCGCUCCCUGCACCCGUCCCUCCCCGUCGCCUUCAAGGUCCAGACCUCCUCCCCGCUCAAGUUCCUCGUCAGCCCGCCGCGCGGCGCCGUGCCGCCGCUCUCCUCGGCGUCCCUGCGCGUCGUGCUCCGCCCGCAGCCGCACGCGCCGCCGUCCUUCCCGCGCUCCCGCGCCGACCGCUUCCUCGUCCUGUCCUCGCUCUCCGCGGCGCGCCUCGACUCCGUGGGAAGCAGCAACGACGGCGGCGGCGGCGGGGGCGGAGUCAGGGCCGUCCGCCUCCGCGUGUUCUUCGGCGGGCCGUACCUUCUCCGCCUCGCCGCGGACGCCGGAGACGCCGCGGCCGUGCGCCUCAUCCUGCGCCGGCAGCCGCACCUGCUGCCGUUCCUGGAGCACCAGCAGGCCGCCGCGGCGCCCGACGCCGGCGAGCAGCAGUGGGCGCCGCUGCACGCGGCGGCCGCCAGGGGGGACUGCGGGGAGCUGAGGCGGCUGGGGCCCGAGGCGCUGGCCGCGCGUGACCGCGAGGGGAGGACGGUCCUGCACGCGGUCGCCGCGGCCGGCGAGGCCGAGGCGGUGGCGGUGCUGGUGGACAUGGGCGCCGACACGUCGGCGGUCGACGCGCGCGGGAGGACUCCGCUGGACGUCGCGCGCGACAAGGGAUACCAAGAAGUGGUGGACGUCCUGGAACGGUGGGAGCUGGUGAUGACGGCGGCGAGGCGAGGCGACCUCGGGAGCCUCGAGUCCCUGCUCAGCAAGCGCGCCGGCGUCCGCGGGCGCGACCAGUACGGCCUCACGGCGCUGCACCUGGCCGCGAUCAAGGGACACGGCGACGCGAUCGCGCUGCUCGCCGGGCCGGGAUGCAUGGACGUCGAGUGCGAGGACGUGGAAGGGCACAGGCCGCUCCACCUCGCCGUCGAGGGAGGCCACGCGGAGGCCGUGGAGCUGCUGCUCGACAUGGGCGCCGACGCCAACGCCCGGACCAGGCGCGGCGCCACGCCGCUCCAGAUGGCGGAGGCCAUGGGGUACGAGGCCAUCGCUCAGCUCCUGUGCGCGAGAGGUGCGGAGGUGGCCGCCGCGUCGGCGUUGUGCGCCGCGUCGUCGUCUUCAUCGUCCAUAUCGUGCGCCUGAUUUGCUGCCGGUUAUCGGUUGGGAGAGACUGUUGGACGGACACGAAGGCUUGUUUGUUUCCGCUGCUGCUCCUGCUGUGCGUGAGCCGAGAGAUGCCUACAGCCGCCGUGGCUGGCUUUAAAGUAAGAAGAAGCGAACCCGUCCGAAAUUGUACUGUACUGUAUAGUGGUUUGUUCUGCUUUGUUGGGAGAGUAGCUCAUUGUUGAGACGGUCGAUUGCUAUACGCGGCGUGCUGGUGGAAAAAAAACAUUCGCUAUGCAAUUGCAGUGCUUUACAUGUUCCUCAA